GGUCGCUCCUUCCUCGUGCUCACUUUCACUUAUAUCGAUAUGUUUUGGAUUUUCCUGAUAGCCGUGAUUCCGCAAGUGACACCCGAAAACAACACGGAUACGACGCCAAGAAAUGGGGUGCGAGACAACCGCCUUCUGUUCGACGACUUGUUCUGGUUUGCCAACGGAGGAUCUUCCUCCAGCGACGACGACGACAAGCCCGGCCUAGCCUCUUGUCAUUGCCAAUGCGGAGUCAGCAACCAAGAGCAGAGGAUCGUUGGUGGCAUUCCGACAGGGAUAAACCGUUAUCCAUGGGUUGCCAGACUUUUGUACAAUGGUCAAUUCCAUUGUGGCGGUUCCCUUCUGAAUCAAGAUUACGUCCUGACUGCAGCUCAUUGCGUUCGCAAUCUGAAGAGGACCAAGAUUCGAGUUAUCCUGGGUGACUACGACAUGACAUCCACCUCUGACGCCCCCGCCAAAAUGAGGAUGGUGUCCAGCAUCGUACGCCACCGCAACUUUGACGUCAACUCGUACAACCACGACAUCGCUUUGCUGCGCCUUCGCAAACCUGUCAACUACACGAAGAACAUACGUCCUGUCUGCUUACCUUCCACAGAGAUGGAUCUGAGCGGUAAGACCGGCACAGUGGUCGGCUGGGGUCGCACAUCUGAGGGCGGAGCUCUAGCCCCUGUGCAACAACAAGUCUCUGUACCAAUCCUGUCACUCUCUGAGUGCCGGAGUCUCAAGUACCGACCCUCCAGGAUCACAAGCAACAUGGUGUGCGCCGGCAAGGGCAUGGGGGACUCCUGUCAGGGCGACAGUGGAGGACCUCUGCUGGUUGAUACUGGAGGAGAUAAAUACACGAUUGCAGGUAUUGUGUCCUGGGGAGUUGGCUGCGGCAGGGAAGGUUACCCAGGAGUUUAUACCAGGGUUAGCAGGUAUUAUGAGUGGAUAACCAACAGUAUGAGAGACACCUGCCUCUGCAACAGCUGACCACAGAAACAGCUUAACUACAAACAGCUGAUUUACAACAACCAGCUGAUCUACACACAAUACCACCGUACACACAGUAACACGUUUUGUAUGAGGAGCCAAAUGUAGUAUGGUGCAUUUUACCAAAGCCACCACCAAAGUAACAGUUUCCUUCCGACUUCAAACCGUUCAGUAUUGACAACUAUUGUUUUAUAAAAAGUUACAUCAUUUUAAGAGUGGUGGGGGGUCAAGUGGGAGGGUUUGGAUUUGGACAAUAUUAUUAUCGUUUUUGAAUAAACAUUUGGAAAGAUGCUUCUAGCACCAAUAGCAUUAG